AUGGUGAGCGAGGGGAUCGUGUAUAGCAUGCGCAAGGCGGGCAUGCCGGGCCCCGUGACCCGCCUCGUGAGCUGCACGCCCGAGGACUGGGAGAGGCUGCCCCAGGCGGACAGGGAGCUGGAGUUUGAGGGUGUGGCCACCCACAUGGCGCCAUCCUACAGCGUGCACCCCCGCACCGGCGACGUCUACCCUGGCAUCAACAAGCCGGUGGCGGUGAUCGACUGGCUGGCGCACACGGAUGUGCGGGAGGACUAUGUGCUGGUCAUCGAUGCAGACAUGAUCAUGAGGCGGCCCGUGCUGCCGCAGGCGAGCGGGCGCUGGGUGGUUUGGGUGCUGGCGGGGCGGGGCUGCGCCUGUGGGCCGGCGCUGGCGCAGGAGCUGGGGGCCGCCCCGGGGACCGCCGUCAGCGGGUUUUUUGGCUACAUGGUUGGCGUGGAGAAUGAGCUGGCGCUGCGCCAUGUGCCCGAGGUGGAGCCGCGCCAGGACAGCCUGGCGGGGCCGGUGGGCCGCCGCGGAGACCAGGUGGGCGGCUUCACCCUGAUGGAGCGGGAGGACUUGCGGCGGGUGGGGCCCCUGUGGCUGCAGCUGUCCGAAGACGUGCGGUUCGACCCCAAGGCCUGGAACCUGACUGGCGACCACUAUGCGCGGGAGGGCGAGCGCCCCUGGAUCGCUGAGAUGUAUGGCUACAGCUUUGGCUGCUCGCGGGCGGGGGUGUGGCACCGGGUGCACACCACCGCCAUGCUGUACCCAGGGUACGAAGUGGGGCUGGAGCACUUCCAGGAGCCGGUGCGCGUCCUGCACUACGGCAUUCUGUGGGAGGUGGGCGCGGGCAGCGGCUACUCCUUUGACAAGCACUGGCACUACGACUUCCAGGCCCUGGCAUGCCCGCCCUGGAACCUCAGCUCCAGCCCGCACAGCGCCAAGCGCGGCCUGUUUGCCCACCCGCCGCGCCCCUCCUCCCUGGCCACCACCGGAGCCAGCUUCCUGCGGGACCUGCUGGCCAUAGAGGUCAUCUCCACCCUGAACGAGGCAUUCUGCGACAGGCACCGCAAGGUGUGCCCGCCGUCAGAGGAGCUGGAGCGCGAGUGCGGCACGGCAGAGGAGAUUGCCAGGGAGGUGGCGGCGGCACACGCCAGCCUGGAGAUACCUCCAGAGCUGGUACAGCAGGCAGAGGAGGCGGCAGAGGAGCAGCAGGCACAGGCGGCGGAGGCGGCGGAGGAGGCACCAGGCCCCUACCCCUACCAUGAGCGGGACAUUGUGGCAGAGGGGAUAGCGCAGCACCCCGAGCGGCGCGCAGAGCGGGCAGCAGCGGCAGCAGAUGCAGAAGAUCCGGCAUGGGAUUCCGAGGCAGCGGCAGAGGCCUACCAUGCCGAGGCAGGCGCAGAGGAUUGGGACGAGGCAGCAGCGGCAGAGGCUGACCAUGGGGAGGCAGGCGCAGACGAUUGGGAGCAUUCCGAAGCAGCAGGACAGGCCUACCAUGGAGAGGCAGGCGCAGAGGAUUGGGAGGAUUCCGAAGCAGCACCGCCGGCCUACUAUGAAGAGGCAGAGGCAGACGACUGGGAGGAUUUCCAAGCAGAGGCCGACCAUGAGCAGGCAGCGGAAGAGUGGGAGGAGGGCGAGCCGCAAGACGGCUCAGAGUGGGAGACCGCAGAGGAGCGCAGCGUGGAGGGGCUGGCAGAAGAGGACAGCCAGCAGGCGACGCAGUACACGGCGGCAGACGAGGCAGGCACAGGCAGCGACGCUUGUGAACCGCACACCGAGCUGUGA